CAAUCGUAGGGAUAACAUAAAUACCCUUUGGAAGGGAAAGCAACACUUUUACCCAACCACACGUGUGUUUCGUUUUUAUGUGUUCCUGCGCAUUUUUUAUUUUCUUCAUCAGUUGAAUGGUCAAUUUUUUAGUGAAUUUUAUUUAAUUUGUGCAAAUUAUCAGGAAAAAAUAAAAAAUGGUUAUUGUUGAAAAGAGCUUUCCGCGAGGCGGAUUGCCUGUGAAGGAAAAUAAAACAAAUGAACCAAAAGAAAAUAUUAUUUUUGGAGCACUACAGAAGAAAAUCAAGAAACCGAAGUCUAAGCCAAAGGAUACUGAAUUUGUUGAAAAUGAUCAAAUCCAGUCGGUGUCUGCUGAGCUACUUAGUUACGAUACCAUUCAGGAUGGCAUGAAUAUAAUGGGUGUAGUGAAAGCUAUAGACCAGUUAUAUCUUAGUAUCUCACUACCCGGCCGCAUGAUUGCACGCGUCUCUGCUUUGGAAAUAUCGGAUUCCUAUACUAAAGCUACCCGCGAAUUUCUACAGCAAAUCGAAAAUGGGAACAAUUUUAAGCCACUUACAGAAUUAUAUCACAUUGGUCAGCCAGUUUACGGACGCGUACAGGAAAUUAAGCAAAAUGAAUAUGGUCGAAUGCAAAUUUUACUAUCGUUGCGGCCAAGUGAAGUGCAUUCGGAAUUGUCACACAUGAACAUCAAAAAGGGAUUCGUUUUUAAUGGUGCUGUUGAAGAGGUACAGGAGCAUGGUUAUAUCAUAGAAACAGGCAUCAAAGGAUUACGUACGUUUGUGCCAUUGGAGAAAGCGCAACCUGAUCACGUUGUUGGAGAGUUAUUUUUUCUAAAAGUUGAGAAAAUGACAACCGACAAGUCAGUUAGUACAUGUAUUUGCAAAGAAAUCAAGCCGGAUAACAUGAAAAUCAAAAAUCAAAUGGAACCAAAUAUUGAUUACAUUUUACCCAGCACGAUUGUACAAUUUUCCGUAGCAAAAGUACUUAAAGAUGGCCUACAGGGCACCAUAAUGAAUGAAUCAUUCACUGCAUACAUAAAUGAGCACCAAUUGGCUGAGCCAUUGGCGUUGCCGGAAGAUUACGAGAUAAACUCUACGAUUAAUGCACGCAUUUUAUACGUUAUGCCGCUUACCAAACUUGUCUAUUUGACUUUAAAUUUACGCACAUCGUCCAAUGAGCAAUCUGUUGAGCCACAAUACAAGAGAGGCGACAUCAUAGAAGCAGCUAGAGUACACCACUUGGGAACCGGUGGUGUAAUUUUAGUGUUAGAUAACAAAUUUAAAGGUGUGCUUUCGUAUCGCUCUAUUAAGGCUAAUUAUAAGGGAAACUAUGAUCAGGAUGAGGUGCUGGUUAAAUAUGCAAAGAAAACAAAGCAUAAGGUGCGAGUGCUUGACUAUGAUCCAAUGGAUUCGCUUUACAUUUGCACCGAUGAUGCAAAGACAGUAAAUGAAAAGGUAUUUACUCUGGACGAUAUAAAACCUGGUGAAUUUGUGACAGCCAUAGUUAAAGAACGCGAAGCUAAAGUCGGAGGUUAUGCAAUGCAGGUUGGCAGGGUAAAAGGCAUCAUCGAGAAACUGUAUCUUGCUCCAGUACCCAAAAUAUUAGAGCCAGAUUCCAAAGUACGCUGUCGUGUGUUAAGCAUUAGCACAGAUCGUAGAACAGUCUAUCUAACGAAUCGUCAAGAAUACUUGACUAAACAUUGCAAAGUGCUUACCUCGCUUGAAAAGGCACAUCCAAAUUCCACUUACAUUGGCACCAUAGUUCAAUGUAACAAGGAAUAUAUAUUGGUCAGGUUCUUCAAUAAUCUUAAAGGAAUGCUGUAUAAGCAACGUCUGAGCAGCAUACUAGGUAGCGAGAUGUAUACAUUUUAUGAGGGUCAAACAAUGGCAUUUCGCAUACUAACUAAAAACGGGCAACAAAUCACGCUAACGUUAGCCGACGAUACUUUCAGUCUAGGUGAAAUAUGUCCAGCUACGGUGGUGCAUACAUUAGAUUCCGGGCUGGAAAUAAAAAUUUGCUACCACCCCGAAGGGGUCUAUGACGACCUGGAUGAGGAUCCCGAAGCAAAUGCAAUCGAGGUUAAAGGACUAGUACCGCUGCGUUUGCUCUCGGACUAUCCGGAUUUAUUGUAUGGCAAAUUACGCACCUAUACACCCGAUACACAAGCACAAGCCGUGUGCAUUGUAAAGAACAUAUUCAGUUUGCGCGAUGUGCCCUAUUUCCUAACACAUUUAACUAACAACUGGCAAAAUAUAAAGCCAGGGGACAUUUUAAAGGCACAUGUCAAGAAUGUACAUGAGGAUGUUGUGGAUCUGUUGGUUCCGAAACGAAACUAUGGCAAGUUGGUGAAAGUGCAUAUAAAGAUGCUCUUGGUAAAAGCAUUCAAAAGUGCGAACAUUCAACUAACGCCCGAGCAGGUGGUCUAUGUGAAAGUGCUUGGCAAAGAACCAACAACACGGACAAUUACAGUGACUGCCAAAUUAACAGAUGUAUGGGAUGGUGAACUAAGUAGCACCGCGCGAGAUCUUGAAGAUUACCUGAAUGAAGUAUCAGAUAUUCGAAAAGCUCACAAGCGGUUGGGCUACGGUGUAGGCCAACACAAAGUUGGCGAUAAAGUCGUCGCAUAUUUCCGUGGCGUAAAUGCUGACACAAAAGAUUGGCAAUACGAGAUAGAAAAAACUAAAGUGGCAGCUGUGGUCAAAUCUUCGUUAGUCGGAAAAUCAAAGCCACCCAAAGUGGAUGCAAGCCAAGAAUGUCUUAUACUUUGGGUAGACUACUCAAAUGAAUUGGUCUACAUCAGCAACAAGCAAGGCGAUGUUUCACACGUCAGCAGUGAUAAGAAUUUACCAAGUAAUUUGGUAGGCAAAACUGGCAUUAAUGCCAAAAUAUUGCUAAAGGCAGAUCAAGUCUUUGUUUGCUCACUGAAGAAAGGUCCCAAUCCAUUAGUCUAUUGCCCGGUCCGAUUGCAUUUUAAUGACUUUGAAAAUUCGGCUAGCGCUGGUAUUACUGAAGGUGAUUUUUGCAAGCUUGCCUUCAUACACGAGGAGCUACCCAUCGCCGUGCCGGAGAGCACCUGGAAGCUGUGGCAUGACAUGAAAAAGAAACGCAAAGCCAAAAUGGAGCUUAAUAAUGCACCUAAGCCGAAAAAAAUAAAAAUAGAAAAAGCUGUUCAAAAAGAACCACCAGUUGUCAUUGCGUCCACGUCUGCCGUUAUUGGAAAGCAAUCAGAAAGUGCGCAAAAGGUAAUGAAAAAGCAAACUAAAAAGUUAGCUGCCGAAGAAACUAGCCCCCCAGCUGCAAAGAAGAAAAAACAAGUGGCCAAAGAAUCCAAAACAAAUGAUUUACUAUUCUACGAGGACAAAACACCUAAUGAUAUUGUUAUAAUUGAAAACAAUCGCGCUUCAGAUACGGACGAAAAGCCGCCGAAGAUCGCAUUUAAACCCAAAUCUGCACCACAAUUACUACCUGGUAUUGGCGAUUUCUGGAACACAGACCUCUCUCAAUUGCUCGAUAAAGCUGCGGUCUCCAGCGACGACGACGACGAUGAAGAUGGAUCAGAUACCACCGAAGAAGCCGGUCAAAAGAAGAAAAAAUUGACUGCGGCAGAGAAGUUCAAGUUACAACGCGAAGAGGAGACGCGCUUACGUGAAAUCGAAGCCAAAUAUGCUGAUCCACAUCAUCUACCAGAGAGUGUCGAUCAAUUCGAUCGCUUGGUACUGUCCGAGCCCAGCAACAGCAAACACUGGAUCAACUAUAUGGUUUUCCACCUACAAUCGGCAGAGAUCGAUAAGGCGCGCGGAGUCGCACGUCGCGCCAUCAAAGCCAUAUCCUAUCGUGAAAAUAAUGAGCAACUUAACAUAUGGGUAGCGUUAUUGAAUUUGGAGCUGCGCUACGGUAGUAAAGAAGCCUUUGAUGAAGUGCUUAAAGAGGCGCUUAACUACAAUGAUCCGCUUAAAAUUUACCUGCGCGUGAUAGAGAUAUUCUGCGACGCUAAGAAAACCCAAGAACUCAUCGAGAUGAUCGGCUUAAUUACAAAGAAAUUCAAAGCACAGCCGGAGGUGUGGCGUGCAGCAGCGAAUGCUUAUUUCAGCAUAGAGAUGCCUGAUCGUGCACAGCAACUGUUGCACAAGGCUUUGGCGUCACUGCCUGAAAGAGAACAUGUCAACACCAUUGUUGCUUUUGGAACUGAAAUUAGUAAUGUUUAG